AUGAUAUCAAUCAUACUCAUCUCCAUCAACUUGAUGGGUUACUUUAUCGGCACACGCCUCCAGGGUUGGCGGGGCUCUGACAGCAUCAAGCUGGGGGUUCUCCAGCUCUGUGCGAAGGUGCAGGAGCUACUCAUCGUGGCUAGUCUAUCGACAGUUAUCUUCCAUGUGGUGAGGUCGGAAAUGACAUUUGGGCCAGGUAUUCCGUUGGGGUGGCUGGGCGCUGGGUUUCGCUUCACAACGCUGAGCUACCUCUGGUCAUCCGACCUCUGGGGCUCCAUCAGAUACAAGCAUGCAUCUGUACUUCGGAAAUUCGGAUUGGUCCUACUGUUGUUCGUGUCCGGAAUAAUCACCGUCCUUGCUGGUCCAAGCAGCGCUGUCCUGAUGGUUCCUCGAGUAAUGGAUUGGCCGGCAGGCGGGGGCAGAUUCUGGCUCAAUGGAUCACAGGAAGACAUGUGGCCACAUCAGCCGUUGCCCGUCCCCUUGAGCGAUUGCCCCAAAACCGAUCCUGUAGCUCAGAAAUGCCUCGCUCAUGGCUACCAUUCGAUCUACAACGUGUUUCGAAACCGCCAGAGAAGAUUUGUCAACGACCUGAUCUCGUUUGAACUGGAAGAUUCACGUAUCAGGAAGAACGUUCAUGCAAGGCUCCGCCUCAACGGCCAAUACGUUAUCGACACGUGGGCCAUCACAGCUCACACGCCCACUGCGACGACUCAAGCAGCAUGGCAUACUCUUUGGGGCAGUGCCUUGCAAUACUUGAGGGACACAAAACCAGCCGGCAUCGUUCAUCCAGAUCCUGACUUGCUGAGUUACGGCGACACCAGGAUCGCCGUUGUUGAGACAAAGAUCCCAGCGGUUCGGAUCGUUUGCAACGAGUGGUUGGGAAGCUUUUCCACACAACAAGAAAGCUUUGAGGUCCUCGGGUCGUUCCCCAUGUAUCCAGGCCACGGCCGCCCAAGAUAUCUGGACGAAGGGGGGACUGCAUGGACAAAUCUUUCCCAUAUUGACAUGACUGACCCGGUAAGGGCUCGGCUGAGCCAAGGAAAUGGCCCAGGGGUUUUCGCUGUCGCCGUGGACUUGCCCACUAAUGACAAAGGACUCGACUAUCUGGGUGUUUUCCUCUUCCGCCUUGCGGCUGACGAAGUCCAAUCAUGGGAGACCAUGAGCUGCACCAUCGACUCUUGGUGGGCAGCUGGCAAGAUGACUGUCGACCAGGACUAUCGAGCUAUCAAGUAUAAUUUUGCCGCCGACCAGGGCCACAUUCUUGUGGACAGUGAGGUAGGCACAGAGGACUUUAGGUGGCGCGACUUCACUGCACCAAUGGACGGCUCGUGGGAACGCGUGGGUUUAUCGAGCGCUUGGUUUGAUGAUCUUGGGGCCAAGGUGCCUGUUAGUCCAAAUCAGCCCAACGACACGUCAGUCACCACUGUCGAGAGUAUCCUGAAUCUCGCUAUUUCCGAUACUCUUCAAGGAUGGGACGCCCUCCAGGCUACGGAGCUCGCACUUGCUGUUCUUGUCGUCGAUGGAUUGUCCCGAUCAUCAAGCUUCAUGACGUCGAAUUACAGCGCCAUGCUGGAGCCGCUCGUGUCACACCCGUGGACAGCCGAGACUGCGAAAAAGCUGGUGAACUUGAACAAACCUAAAACAGCUUUCAGUCCCGAAAGCGCCAACGACAUGGUUAGCGUAAAGCUUCAGAUGAUCCUCCCAGGUUACGCAAUGUCAGCUCGAGGAUGGUUCGAUCGCCUCUGCAUGGCAAUCUUGAUGGCCCACGCCGUCAUUGCGCUGGGUCACACAUUGUGGGUGCUUUGGCAUGGGGAAACGAGCGACGCAUGGGAGAGCAUGACUGAAUUGAUCGCUUUGAGCUUGGAAUCAGACCGCCCAAGCAGCAUCAACGAGCCCGGACUUUCAAACACGUCGGCCGGCGUAAGGACAUGGGCGCCACUGAAGGAGGUUGGAUGGGUUGAGGCUAUUGAUCAGCCAGUAGUUGCGACGGCCGGCGGUUCUCCCGUGCCAGGAAAGCACCUCCAACUAAGAUUUGGAAAGAGCAGAACCAUGGAUCAUCACGCGAAGAAUCCGAUCUGCGUGCCGAAAGCAAAAGUCGAGUACUAUUGA